AUGUGGCGGUCAGAGCAGGCGCCGGCGGGCUCCGGCUCGCCGGGCUGCCCCGACCUGCUGCGGCACGUAGGCGGCCCGCGCUUGCCGCUUUCCCCGCUCUACCUCAGCUUCUUCGAGGAGGAGUGCCGCGCGAUCGCCACCCGCCUGCGCCUCGGCGCCGCCGCCGCGGCGGAGCCCUCGCCGGGCCCGGGAGAGGGCAGCGCCCUGUGGCCCGACGCCGCCGGGCCUGUCACCUCCACGCCGCUGCGCGCCUCGCAGCCCCUCGACGAGGGGGCCCCGGACAGCGCCACGCCCGCCGCCUGCCCGAGCACGGGUGGCUGUGAGGCCGCCGCCGCCCCGGGCCCGGCCCGCGGGGAGCCCCGGCGCCUCCCGCAGCCCGCUGCCGGCGGUUGCCCCGGCACAGCGCGGCCCGGCUCCCGCCUCGCCCGCCCGCAGGCCCUGUCCCGUAAGGCAGCACGGCGCGGUGCCGGACAGCCCCCCUGCGGCGGGCCGGGCCCCGCGGGCCGCCCCCCCGCCCGGUCCCCGGGCCGUGGCGGUGGGGGCAGGCUCUCCCUCUCCAGGGUACGGGCCUCUCUGGGUCUGGAGCUCCCCAAGGCCAGCAAGGGGCUCGGUGCCCCGGGAACGAGGCUUCCCCAGCCCCCAGGUACCAAGCUGAAGCUGAUGCUGGCUGCCAAGUCCAUGCUUCACCAUCCCAGCAGGGCUUUGCAGCUGGCAAAGUGGGUUCCCAAACCCGCCCCUCGGGACACAGAGACGGAAAGUAAGGCUGACCAAACGUGGGUGUGUGGGGGGUCCUCUUUUUCCAGCGAGUUGGCCCCUGACCUGACUCCAGGGUGUGGGGAUGCAGUCCCUGCUGAGCAGUCUGCAGGUGAUCAGCUGUCCCAGGAGCUGAAGCGUGUAAAGAACGAGCUGGAGCGAGUGAAGGGCGAGCUUGCUGACAAGACUGCCCAGUGUGAAGCCUAUCACCAGAUGAUCUCCUCCUUGCAGGCUCAGCUCAGAGCAGCAGGAAUCUGUCCGGAAGAUGCAGCAGUGGAGGAGAGUGGUGACUCGGGGGGAGACUGACAGCCAGCAUGUGGGGACAGACUCACAACAGCCACUUGUUUGGCCGCCUGAGCUGCUGGGCCAGUGAUAUUUGUGGAGCUCUUGAAUGAAUGAAUUUUUUAACUCCUUGUAUUUAAAAUAAAGGUGUCUU